AUAUCCAAAACCCACCACACCCCCACAUGCAUGAUUACAUUUCAGCCUACAUCAAUGGAGGGAGGGCUACCCAAUUCACCCCAACACCUUCUCCAAUUUCAAACUCCCACUUCAACGAACCCAUAGUCGAUUCCAUUUUCCUCCAUAGCAGCAACCCUUCUGCUCUCUCUCUCUCUCAGCAGCGGAACGCGCACACAUUUAUUUGCUUUCUCAGCAGAAAUUCAACUAACAAAAUGAAGAAUCCGUCUUGAAUUUCUGUGAGUUACUCAUUCUUUAGCUCAUAAAGUGUAUUAUCUAUGGAAUUGUUGAUUGUCUGCUCUUCAAGCAUGUGCUGUAGCAGCGUAAAUUACAGUUUUUCUUUCACUGACAAUAGAAUAUUUGCUAUAAGCCACUUUGGUUCGCUGAAAGCUCGAAACUUUGGGAAGUUGAAUGUUUGGGGAUGUGGGUCUUUGUCAAACUUGACGAAAAAGCGAAAAAAAGGGAUGGGUUUUUGUGGGUUUGUGAUGAAAAGGUCAGAGGAGGAGGAGGUGGUGGUGGGGAAGAAAAACCCGAAAAUUUCGGUUUCUUCUGAGGAAGUCAUGAGGGUUUUGAAGUCAGUUUCGGACCCAAAAUCUGCUUUAGCAUUGUUUAAGUCAUUUGCUGAGUUGCCUAGUGUUGUUCACACCACUGAGACUUGCAAUUACAUGCUUGAAGUCUUGGGGGUUGAUAGGAGAGUGGAGGAUAUGGCUUAUGUGUUUGAUUUGAUGCAGAAGCAGAUCAUAAAUAGGAGUUUGGACACUUACCUUACUAUCUUUAAGGGUCUUGAUGUAAGAGGUGGUAUUCGACAGGCGCCCUUUGCUCUUGAAGUGAUGCGAAAAGCGGGGUUUGUAUUGAAUGCGUAUUCGUACAAUGGGUUGAUCUAUAAUCUUAUUCAGUCUGGAUAUUGUAGGGAGGCUUUGGAGGUUUAUGAAAGAGUGGUUUCAGAAGGGAUUAAGCCAAGUCUGAAGACUUACUCGGCACUUAUGGUGGCAUUGGGGAAAAGAAGGGAUGUUAAAACUGUUAUGAGCUUGCUAAAUGAGAUGGAAAUUUUGGGAUUGAGGCCUAAUGUUUAUACUUUUACUAUAUGCAUUAGAGUACUUGGGAGGGCGGGGAAAAUUGACGAAGCGUAUGAGAUUUUUAAGAGAAUGGAUGAUGAGGGAUGUGGCCCCGAUGUUGUGACUUACACCGUUCUCAUUGAUGCUCUUUGUAAUGCAGGUAAACUUGACAAGGCCAAGGAGUUGUUUGUAAAAAUGAAAGCCAGUGGUCAUAAGCCUGACCAAGUAACCUACAUUACUUUGCUGGAUAAGUUUAGUGACGGUAAAGACUUGGGCACAGUGAAAGAAUUUUGGAGUGAAAUGGAAGCUGACGGUUAUGCUCCUGAUGUGGUUACUUUCACCAUACUUGUCAAUGCUUUAUGCAAAGCUGGAAAUGUUGACGAAGCAUUUAAUAUGUUGGAUACCAUGAGAAAACAAGGGGUCUUGCCGAAUCUUCAUACAUACAACACAUUAAUUGGUGGACUUCUGCAGUUAUGUAGGUUGGACGAGGCAUUGAAGCUUUUCAAUAGUAUUGACUGUCUGGGUGUUCCACCUACUGCUUACACAUACAUCCUUUUCAUUGACUACUAUGGAAAGUGUGGCGACUCUGGCAAAGCUAUGGAGGCCUUUGAGAAGAUGAAAAAUAAAGGCAUUGUUCCUAAUAUUGUUGCUUGUAAUGCAUCUUUGUACAGUCUUGCUGAAGAGGGUAGACUUCAAGAGGCACAGGAUGUUUAUAAUGAGCUCAAAUAUUACGGGCUUUCUCCAGAUUCAGUAACUUACAACAUGAUGAUGAAGUGCUAUAGUAAGGUGGGGCAAAUAGAUGAAGCCAUCGAGUUACUCUUGGAGAUGGAAAGAAAUGGGUGCGAAGCAGAUGUAAUUAUUGUUAAUUCUUUGAUUGACAUGCUUUACAAGGCUGACCGAGUGGAUGAAGCAUGGCAAAUGUUUUACAGAAUGAAGGAAAUGAAGCUCACUCCAACAGUUGUGACCUACAACACAUUACUCGCUGCAUUAGGGAAAGAUGGAGAAAUCAAAAAGGCCAUUGAAAUGUUUGAGAAUAUGGCCGAACAAGGGUGUCCUCCAAACACAAUAACUUUCAACACACUCCUGAACUGCCUUUGCAAGAAUGACGAGGUUACUCUGGCCUUGAAAAUGUUCUGCAAAAUGACCACAAUGAGUUGCAGUCCUGAUGUUCUGACCUAUAAUACUAUACUUUACGGCUUAAUCAGAGAAAACAGAAUUGAUUAUGCAUUCUGGUUCUUCCAUCAGAUGAAGAAAUCACUACUUCCUGAUCAUAUAACAUUGUGUACCCUCCUACCCGGGGUAGUAAAGGAUGGGCGUACUGAGGAUGCUUUCAAAAUUGCUGAGAACUUCGUGUAUCAGGUUGGGGUACGAGCAGAUAGGCCUUUUUGGGAAGAUUUAAUGGGAGGGAUUUUGAUUGAAGCUGAAAUAGACAGAGCCAUUUUAUUUGCUGAAAGGUUGAUCUCUGAUAGGAUUUGCCGGGAUGACUCUGUACUGAUUCCUCUACUUAGAGUUUUGUGUACGCAAAGGAAAGCUUUUGAUGCACAUAAGGUAUUUGAGAAAUUUACGAAAACUCUUGGAAUUAAGCCAACACUAGAAGCAUACAACUACUUGAUUGAAUGGCUUCUGAAAGAUCAUGCCGCUGAAAGAGCUUGGGAUCUAUUUAAGGAGAUGAAGAAUGGUGGCUGUACCCCCGAUGUAUUCACCUAUAACUUGUUCCUUGAUGCUCAUGGGAAGUCUGGGAACAUCACCGAACUCUUUGAAUUGUACGAGGAGAUGAUUUUUAGGGGAUGCAAGCCUAACACUGUAACCCACAAUAUAGUCAUCUCCAGUCUUGUGAAAUCUGAUAGCGUGGAUGGUGCUAUAGAUUUAUAUUAUGAUCUCGUAAGUGGUGAUUUCUCUCCCUCUCCUUGUACAUAUGGUCCUCUCAUAGAUGGACUUUUCAAGUCGGGAAGACUAGACGAAGCAAUGCAUUUCUUUGAUGAGAUGGCCGACUAUGGAUGCAAACCUAAUUCUGCUAUUUUUAAUAUUCUUAUAAAUGGGUUUGCGAAAACAGGUGAUGUGGAAGCUGCCUGUGACUUGUUUAGAAGGAUGAUUAAAGAAGGGAUAAGACCUGACCUGAAGUCUUACACCAUUCUUGUGGAUUGCCUCUGCCAGGCAGGGAGAGUGGAUGAUGCCGUGGACUAUUUUGAGGAGUUAAAACAAAGUGGCCUCGAUCCUGACUCGGUUUCUUACAACCUUAUGAUAAAUGGACUUGGAAGAUCACGGAGGGUAGAGGAAGCACUCACUCUUUAUGAUGAAAUGCGAACUAGAGGAAUCGCUCCUGAUCUUUACACAUACAAUUUGCUAAUACUCAAUCUCGGACUUGUUGGAAUGGUGGAGCAAGCGGGGAGGAUUUAUGAAGAACUACAACUUGUAGGUCUUGAACCUGAUGUGUUUACCUACAAUGCUCUCAUUCGACUGUAUAGCACAUCCGGGGAUCCAGAUCAUGCUUAUGCAGUUUACAAGAACAUGAUGGUUGAUGGCUGCAGCCCCAAUGUAGGAACAUUUGCACAGCUUCCCAACCAAACUUGACUUACAAGAGAUACACGUCUGACUUGUCUCUGUAUCUGCGGGUGAUGAUUUUGCUACAAUUCAACUCAACUCGUACAAAUUCAUUUUCCAGCAUUGAUGUUUGUAAGCGUAGAUGUGUAUCUGCGAGGAAGUAACAUGUAUUCGGUAUUAUCUUUGACCCCCGAUAUACUUUGUACGGUUUAUGUUGUUAACAUAUAAGUGUAAAUGCUGUAUCUAGUUUACCUCUUUCACACCUGCUCCAUCAAAUACAGUUGAAUCAUAUUCUGUAAUGGUCUAAACAGAUUAUUAUACGAAGCUAUUGCGUACAUAAUGUUCA